UCCCCCGGGGGUUGGUUGUUAUUAUUGUUGGAUUUGGGAUAAAAUAACAAAAUAACACGCGGUUUUAAAUAUUCAAGUCUAGGCGAAGGGGGAGGAUGGAGGUGAUUAGAUAGUGGUGAAGGUGGUGGUGAUAGCAUUGACAGCCUGACCAACGGUUAUGUUACGGGGAGCUGCUACGAGGAUCAAGCCACUUAUCUCGGAGGUGAUGCCGAGCACACCUGGACCCUCGAGGCAUUCCCGAGCUGGGUUACCCAUUGUCGGAUCACAACCUCGGCAUGCCCGAGGAACCAUAGCCAGGUGUAUCCACUGCUCGGGCAGGGCCAGGCAGGUACAAGUGCAAGGGAAAUCCGUGGCUCUAGCGCAUGAUAUAGAGCCUUCAGGCUUGGAGGUUCUCAAGAAGAUCACGGCUAGAGCCUCUUAUAGAGAUCCCAUCACUCGAUAUCGUCACUUGGUGGAUGUAAAGACCCUUCGCCCUGACCCACAUCAAGAAAGUAUCAUUCAGAAGCUUCAAAGACUAUGGACAGACUUGAAAACAUAUGAUCCAGGACCUCUGCCGCCAGAAACGCCUGAAAUUAAGAGCGGACUCUUUGGAAGAUUCUUCGCCGGUGGAUCUGGUCAGCAGACCUCGACAAAAUCUUUCGAUGAUGUCCCAAAGGGAUUGUAUCUGCAUGGAUCUGUGGGGACUGGCAAAACCAUGCUCAUGGAUCUUUUUUACACAACAUUGCCACCGCAGUUUGGACCUACCAAAUACGGGGCCACACGCAUCCAUUUUCACAGCUUCAUGUUGGAUGUACAGAGACGCCAACACGAAGUAACGAAACGAUAUGAGGCGAUGGGCAUGGGAAAGAAAGAUGCACUACCCGAGGUGGCUCGAAGUCUCGCGGCGGAAGGGAGGGUUCUAUGCUUUGACGAAUUUCAAGUCACUGAUAUCGUGACCGCCAUGCUGCUGCGAGGACUGUUGGAGCGACUCAUGGGAUACGGUGUCGUCUGCGUGAUGACAUCAAAUCGUCACCCGGAUGAGCUGUACCUGAACGGCAUCCAACGAACAUCCUUCUUGCCCGCCAUUGAGCUACUCAAGCAAAGAUUCGAAAUCGUAGACCUGGAUUCAGAAACGGACUAUCGGAAGAUACCUCGAGCUCUCUCGCACACGUAUUAUCAGCCUCUUGAUACCGGGACAGCAGUCGAAAUGACGAAGCUCUUCGAAUCAUUGACAUCGGCAGAUCCAAUCUCCUCAGAGGUUGUAUCCGACAAAAAAUUGCCACUAUGGGGCCGCAAGCUUAACAUACCAGAGUCCAGCGGAUCAGUAGCUCGAUUUACCUUUCAAGAUCUCUGUGGGAAGCCUUUGAGCGCGGCUGAUUACCUCGAAGUCACCAACAAGUUCGGGACGCUCUUUGUGGAGGGCGUUCCGAGGAUGGGGUUGAGUGAGCGAGACAUGGCUAGGCGAUUCAUCACUUUUAUCGAUGCUUGCUAUGAGAACAAGGUCAAGCUCUUCAUCUCGUCCGAAGUGCCCAUUUUCCAGGUAUUCUCGGACGAAAAGGCAGGCUCAUCGGCGGACGACUCGCACAUGAGGUCCAUCAUGGAUGACUUGGGACUCUCCGCCGAUGAGAUUGGAUCGUCAUCACUGUUCUCAGGCGACGAAGAACUAUUUGCAUUCGCGCGGUGUGUCUCGCGUCUCUCGCAGAUGGGAACACAAGAAUGGUCUGGACAAUCUGGGAUCCAUCGUGAUCCACCUAGAUCCGAAAUCUCAGAGACGGAGUGAGGAACACCAUCACGCACGAAUAUACCCUGCAUUGGACAGCAUAGUUCACAUUGAGUAUUGCGUACAAUUAAUGCUGCAUG